AUGUUCCACUGGCAAAAUGGGACGUCCACCCGAGAUGGCACUUACGGCAACCGACAUCUACCGACCCUUAUCGUCGCAUCCUCGACCCCAAGAUUGCCACAUCGCUUCGUGCUACGGGAAAACCCUGCAGGGCAGAGCUACGCACAGACCAUCUCCCUACAUAACGCAGCCCUAACCCUGUCACGGGACUAUCCCGUGACAAACGUUGCCCAGCCGGUCCCUCCCCACCUAGCCAUCGACCGGGUGAGCGUACAGAGCCAGAACGGACAAGAGGAUGCGCGCCUAGGGGCUAGUCUGCCAGAUGGGAGUCAGCCACGGCGCGGCAGGGGCCGGCCUCGCGGGAGCAAGGAUAAGUCAACGCUAGCUCGGCUGAAAGCACAGGCGACGGUCCAAACGGAAAGCGGCCGGUCUCUACCGACUCGUGGGGGGGCAGGCGGCGGCCAGAAUACAGCACUUGGGCCAGAAAGGACGGUCAUGCGAGCGUGGGACGCGGGCGUCCCGGACCAAUCACUGAGGCGUUCUGGGUGCUCUCCGGAAAAGCACACGGAGCAGGGUGCAGUGAUCUGGGUGCUCCUUGUGAGAGCAUACUGA